UAGAAACACCUGCCACUGCGAGAGCGAGCGUGUGAGCAGAUCGACGACGACGACAGCCAUGGCGAUGAUGAGGAAGGAGGCAGUGGUGGCGCUGAUGCUGGCGCUGGUGCUGCUGGCGGAAGUGCCUGGCUGGGCACGCGCGGAGUGCCAGGUGACGCAGCUGGCGGUGUGCGCGUCGGCGAUCCUGGGCGGGACGAAGCCCAGCGGCGAGUGCUGCGGCAACCUCCGGGCGCAGCAGGGGUGCUUCUGCCAGUACGUCAAGGACCCCAACUACGGGCACUACGUCAACAGCCCCCACGCCCGCGAGACACUCCAGACCUGCGGCAUCGCCCUCCCGCACUGCUAGGCCUCCUAGCCGACCGAGUCUACUCUGCUACGCUAGUUACUCUAGCUGAGUAAGUGCUGUGGUACGCAAGUAUAUGUUGGUAUGUUGGAAUAAAACGAUGGUGAUCUACGGCGUCA